UACAAGAUUCGACGCUGUCGACAUUAUGAGCUAAACUAUGCCCUGGCUUCAUAAAUACAAUACCCAAAACCCAAUCCUACCCACUGUUUAUCGCCCAAAUCCCAAACACUGAUUCGUAGAUUUACUCAUUUUUUUCAACACAAGCGUUCCCUCCACGCGACCACCACUAGCUGCCUUUAUAUAUACUCAGCUCAGCUCAAUAACAACUCAAAGUAACUCCAAUUGCAUUUUCAAGUUCCACCUAGAGUGAAAUGCAGACACUGCAGGAAAAGGCUUCUCAAUGGAGCGGUGUUGAUACUGCCGAUGCCUUUGCCAUUGACGACACUAAUUUGUUCCAGAAAUUGGGACUCCAAACUUUCAUUAACCUCUCCACCAAUUUUUACACUAGGGUGUAUGAUGAUGAGGAAGAAGAGUGGUUUCGAUCAAUAUUUUCCAAUUCCAAGAAAGAAGAGGCCAUUCAGAAUCAGUAUGAAUUCUUUGUGCAACGAAUGGGAGGGCCCCCUCUUUAUUCUCAGAGGAAAGCACGAAUGUGGCACACGGAUAUUUCAAGAAAAAUAAAAAAAGGUAAAAGUAACAUAGUGCUAAGUGACCUACAAAUAAACCUCCAGGCAAAUUGUAACUUAAAAAUCUUUUGGCUGUUACAUUAUGUUCCCCUUGAUUUAGAUACAUUAGGGUGAACAAAGGGGAAAGCUGACCAUCUAUUGUUUCUGGGGACUUUGGCAUCAUUCCCUUAAUUUUUACUUUCAACUUUUGUACAAUUGUGUGUAUUUGAUAGUAUUAGGAGCUGGGCUUGUUUUCGCACAGUCUUUAAUGGCUUUAGACUUAUUCUUACUUUGUGUGAGUGAUGGAAGAUAAAGUGUCCUUAUUGAGGCAGCCUUUAGGGUAAUAAAUCAGAGAGAAUAUAGUUUCAGGUUACUAGAACCAUUUCUUGUUGCUAUUUGCCACAUGUUAAUCAUUUGGUAAUAAGGCUUCUGCCCACCUAUGUUAAGUGUUGUAUAUCUAAAUCUUUAAUUGAAUUGGUGUCAUGAGUCAGUCGAGCACCAAUGUAAUUGGGAAAUUAUAAAACAUGCCCUUUCAGAUUCAAGAUCUUAAAUAUUAAAACAAGGGUGUUUUUGCCUUUUCAUGUUUUUAAUAAAAUAAUAUUAUAAUGUGAUUUGAACUCAAGACAAAUGAAUCUGAAGCUCUUAAUUAACCAUUUCAACGAAAGUGUUACAUGAUUUUAAUAUAAAUAUAUUUUUAAUAUAGAUAUUUUCAUCCACAUCAUGGGUGUGCCAGAAAUCUAGUAAAGAUAAAUUAUGUGUCUGUAACACACGUAUUUUCAGUUUUGUUUUUUAGGAUCAUACUCCAAUAUACAUAUAUGAAUAUAUGUUCGACAUAAAUACUUAAAAGAAAAUAAAAAAGUUGUCUAGUCUUUCUCCUAACAAGUUCUUGGAGUGGGGGUUCAUUUUGCACUUCU